AUGGCCGAGAAACUGCCAGCAUCGCCGUCCUCGGCUGGUCCUGGCUCUGUUAAAGAAAAGAUCCCGGAGCUAGGUUUAUCUGAGAUUGAUGAAGCCAACAUUGUGCCCAUCACUCUGGAUAAAUUGACACCUGAGCAGCAAAAAGACCUUGAUACAAUGAUGCAGCAAGCAUGGAAUAAGUUCUUGAGCUCAUUCACGGAGACCUGCAAGGGGACAUUGGUUCAGAAAUACAAAGUGAAGGUAGUUGCUGAUGUUCCUGGGACCGGUUCUUCUAAGGAUGGAGAAGUGAAACAAGCUCUAGAUGUGCGGCUCAACCGAGUGAUAAAGGUGCUGCAGAUGGCUUUCAAGGAAAUCAAGGUGAUGGCUCUCAAGGAGUGUAGGGUGUCGACUCUCAAGGAAUUCAAGGUGAUGGUGUUCAGGGAGUUCAAGCACCCCGGCAUCCACUUUAUUUCCCCGAACCACCACCGUGACGCCGUGUCCACACGCAGCCCGAGCCGCCGCCGCUUUUUCCGCCUCUUGCCGCCGCUCCCGUCGCUGCCAAACCGCGCCACUGCCGUCGUCGGCAUCUCCGUGCCUAGCUCCACCCCGGCAGCUGCUCCUCUCCCUCAAAUCGCCACCACAACUACCAUCCCACCAUGCAAGCCGAGCCGUUGCCCUUUCCACCGCCUCCGGCCACUCCCCGCCGGCGAGACAGGCCUCGCCCGGUCGUGCUGCCGCCACCCUCAGCACCACCGCGCUCCACCGCUCCUCGGCGUCCACUCCUCUUCGCCGAAGACCCGCCGGAAUCCCAACCACCUCGCAUUCUGGUCUCGCCGACCCUCGGCCUCCCCUCCUCCUGUGCCGCACGCCGCCAAAUCGUCGUCGUUGUCCUCGCCCGAGGGACACCGCCGCCUCCUCGCCUCCCUCCGUCGACCGCCUCUCCCCGCCGUCGACUGCUUGGUGAGCAUCCCUCCUCUCCUCCCCGCUCCCUUCCAUCGCUUGUUGCGCCGCCACUCGCCGUCAGUGGCCGGUGCCCGUGCGCCGCCGCCGCCGUGUCGCCGUUCGCUCGGCCCGGCCGGCGAGCCGGCCUCCCCUCGCGUGGCCGCCAGAUCCCCUUUGGGGUGAUCCGGGCCGUCUACGUGGCGUUCGCCGUGGCUGCCCGUGGCUCCGCCAUGUCGGCGCCACCUCGCCUUGCCUUGCCGCCUUGGCUGCCACAUGGCCGUCCACGUGGUGCGCCCGCGCCUAUGCCGCGGUGGACCGAGUCCACUGUGGGCCGCUCCUCUUGCGCCACUAACUCGUGGGGCCCGCCCGUCGGCACCGCCCUUUGAUGACGUCAGCAGCGGCCCUUUCCCUUUGAGCAAUUAAAUAAUAAUUGUGAAAUAAAUAAAUAAUAAUUCUAGAAAUUCAUUAAAAUGGCUCAAAACUUCUACAAUUCAUAU